AUGGAAUUCACAUCUCAAGAAACCACUGUUAAUCUUUUAAAAUGUUAUGCUGUGGGUCCCCGAAAGCCAGAUGAUGAAUUCUUUAAAGAUGGUAAUUCAUUCAUCAAACCAUUUGUAAAACUCGGAGUAUUAAGCGAAAUUGUACUCUCCGAAUCAAAUCCAGAAGAAAAUGAUAUUAGCUGUAAUGUGCCCGAUUGUAAUUUUUUCUGCCUAUCCGUAGUCGAGUAUGAAUUUCACUAUAAUUCUCAGCACCGCUACACAUGUGCGCAGUGUAAAAAAUCGCUUCCUAAUGCUCAUUUACUCGAUAUUCACCUGUCCGAAACGCAUGAUUCGUAUUUUGCCGCCCAAGUUCAAUCAUCCAACCGGUUGAUGUAUGUAUGCUUUCUUGAAGAAUGCAAGCAUCGCAGCAAGGAUCCCGCAGAGCGAAAAGAUCAUUGCAUCCGGGAACACAAAUUCCCACACAACUUUCGUUUUGAUAAACAAUUGUACUCAAAGGUCGGAAAAUCGACAAAAUCAACAUCGAGGGGCACAUCAAUCGUGAGCAAUAUGGCGGUAGAGCAAACGACACCAUUACGAUGUAAGAAAAAUUUCUCAUUCGGUCAUCCCCAACAGCGUACGUUUAUGUCGUCAAAACAUAGUGGUCAAAAGUGUGAUAUACUGGAGAACAACCGAAUGGUGGUAGAUUUACUAGACAGCCUCCCAAAAGAAUAA